AUGAAGCUCUCAUUCAGAGAUUUGAAGCAGCAAAAGUUCACCAUUGAUGCCGAGCCUACAGACACAAUCGGCCAGGUGAAAGAAAAGGUUGCCGCAGAGAAGGGAUGGGAAGCCGCAUCACAGAAACUCAUCUAUGCCGGCAAGGUGCUGGCCGAUGCGAAUACCGUUGAGUCGUACAAGAUCGAAGAGAAAGGCUUCAUUGUGUGUAUGGUGUCAAAGCCAAAAGGUGGACCUGCUGCAAAGGCUGGAGGCCCAUCUACACCUGCGCCGCCGUCAACGAACGUAGCCACACCUGCUCCUCCAGCCGCCCCUGCGUCCCAGCCUGCAAGUGCUCCCUCCAAUCAGCCCUCCACCCCGACACCCCAGCAGACGACCACUACCCAGGCACCUGCCGCUGAAGGCGGUGGCUUCGGCGAUCCGUCAGCCUUCCUCAUUGGUAACCGCAAUGAAUCUACCGUCCGAGAAAUGGAGGCGAUGGGUUUCGCCAGGCCGGAGAUAGAUCGUGCCUUGCGAGCCGCAUUCUUCAACCCUGACCGAGCAAUCGAAUAUCUCCUAAGCGGCAUUCCCGAGAACAUCCAAGCUGAACAGAGACAAGCCACUCCAGCUGCUGGUGCUCAAGGAAACCCUGCCUCUCCUCCUGCAGCUCAGCCUGCUCAACCUGCUCCAGCCGCCGCCACCGCCCCCGCGCCUGCUGGAGAUGAGCCUAUUAACCUCUUCGAAGCCGCAGCGCAGGCUGGCCAGACCCGCGGAGGCGGCGGUGGUGCGAGACGAACUGGUGCUGGUGCUGCUGCAGGUGCGGGUGCCGCGGGUCUAAUGACGGAAGGCGGAGCACCGAACAUUGAAUUUCUACGGAACAGCCCUCACUUUCAACAGCUCAGACAGUUCGUCCAGCAACAACCAGCCAUGCUCGAGCCCAUCCUCCAACAACUCGCUGAAGGCAACCCCGAACUUGCUCAAAUGAUAGGCUCAAAUCAAGACCAGUUCCUUCAGCUUCUGGCCGAGGACGCGCAAGGCGAAGGUGGAGAAGGCGGUCCUCUUCCUCCUGGGGCAACUUCGAUCCAGGUCACCGAGGAAGAGCGUGACGCCAUCGAGCGAUUAUGCCGGUUGGGUUUCUCUCGGGAUCAGGUCAUUCAAGCCUACUUUGCGUGCGACAAGAAUGAAGAGCUGGCGGCCAACUUCCUGUUUGAGCAGCCGGACGAUGAUGAUCAGCAGUGA